AACGUUGUCCAUCUGGACUACAUUGUAUAUAAUGGACACAAUCUAUGCCUGAGCCAUCCCAUAAACCCCAGAAAUGAGUAAGUUUUCUCACCUUGAGCUCCAGCCCGCCGACGAAUUCAACGAUCUUAGAAUCAAAUUGGCCAAUGAUUCCGAUCCCAACAAGAUCGAUGUCAGUGCCGGAGUCUACAGAGGAGAAGACGGGGAUUCUUUUACUCUCCCAGUGGUCCGCAAAGCCAAACACUUGUACCAUGAGGAAAACUACGGACACGAUUAUACCUUCUGCUUGGGAUUGCCAGAGUUUGUGCAAAAUGCUGCAAAGGUCGCCGUAGGUGAAACUGCUGUGUCCAAGAAGUUGGUUGCCUCGUGUCAAACCAUCGGUGGAACUGGUGCCUGUCACCUUGGAGCCUUGUUUCUUAGUCAAAGUUCAGGCUACAAGAAUUUCUAUCUCGGAAUUCCCGCGUGGCCCAAUUACUUUCCUUUAAUUAAACAGGCUGGAGGUACCGUCACCACCUACUCGUACUAUGACACCGACAACAAGUGUGUGGACUUCGACGCGAUGGUUACCCAGCUUAAUACAGCUCCCGCCAAGUCUGUAUUCAUUUUACAGUUGUGUUGUCACAACCCUACGGCUGCGGAUUUGACGAUCGAGCAAUGGCUGCAAGUAGCUGAGAUCAUGAAGAAAAGAGACUUAAUUCCGUUCUUCGACGCUGCCUACCAGGGUUUUGCUAGUGGCUCAACUGAGACCGACGGGUUGCCUAUUCAGAAGUUUAUUGAGUUGGGCUGUGAGGUGAUUGUGUGUCAGUCGUUUUCCAAGAACCUUGGUUUGUAUGGAGAAAGAUUGGGAUGCUUGCACGUGGUGGUCAGCGAUGCCUCCAAUACUCCGCUUGUACUGGAUCAGUUGAGAUACUUGUUUCGGGCCGAGUGUUCGAGUUCUCCUGCUUACGGUGCCAGGUUAAUGGCUCUUAUCACCAAGAGCGAUGAGCUUUUCGCCCAGUGGAAAAAAGACUUGCAGGACGUUAGUGUGCGUUUAAGGACCAUUAGGGACACCGUGUACAAGUUGAUUACUGAAAAAUACAAGACUCCAGGAACCUGGGAACAUGUCAAGACACAAAGAGGUCUUUUCUGGUACUCAGGAUUGACGGAAGCACAAAGUAAGAAACUCCUUGAGGAGUACCAUGUUUUCCUUCCCAAGAAUGGAAGAGUCAAUGUUGCUGGUUUAAAUGAUAAUAACAUAGAUGCUUUCUGUGCUGCGUUUGAUGCGGUGGUUAGAAAUUAAAUAGCAUUACAAUUAACAAUUAAUCCUUU